AUGCCGCCGAAGAAAGCAGAUGUAUCUAAAAAAGCGGUCGAAAAACAAAAACAGAGGGUCAUUGAAGAUAAGACCUUCGGUUUGAAGAACAAGAAGGGAGCGAAGCAACAGAAGUUCAUCCAGCAGGUGCAAAAGCAGGUUACUCAUGGCAACAAAUCAGCCAAAGAGCUGGACCGCCUUGGACAGGAGAAAUUGGCACGAAAGGAGGAUAAAUUGCGAGAGAAGGCGGAAUUAAAUGAACUUUUCAAACCCGUUGCCGAAUUGCAAAAGUGUGCGAAGGGCGUAAACCCAAAAUCUGUGCUGUGUGCAUUUUUCAAACAAGGCCAGUGUCUAAAAGGCGACAAGUGCAAAUUUUCCCAUGAUCUGACCGUGGAGAGGAAAGCAGAGAAACGUGGUAUAUACGCCGACGAGGAUCACGUUGAAGAAUCGAUGGAUGACUGGGAUAUUGCUAAACUGGAGGAAGUUGUUUCGAAAAAGCAUGAUGCAGCUAACAAAGGCCUGCCACCCUCUACAAUCGUUUGCAAAUACUUUUUGGAAGCUGUAGAGAAUAUGAAAUACGGGUGGUUUUGGGAGUGCCCAAACGGAAAGGCUUGCCACUACCGACACGCUCUCCCACCGGGAUUUGUUCUCAAGCGUGAACAGAAGAAGAUGGAAGAACAGAAAGAGACCAUUUCUCUUGAUGAUUUGAUCGAACGAGAGCGUGCAGAGAAAAUUGAGCUAGGAAGAACUGCGAAAUUGAAGCGCGAGGCGGAUUUCAAACUGGGUCGCACAGCCGGGAUAAGCGGUCGUGAGGUCUUCGAGUUCAAUCCGAACUUGGUCAAAGAGGGCGUGGAUGAAGAAGUCGGUGAAGGUGAUGUCGUAUUCAGUGGUGUUCGGGAGCAAGACGAGAAUGAGUACAAUGGCCCCAUGCGAGAAAUUGACCUGAAUACAUUUCUGCUCAUCGAGGAGCCAGAUGAAGUUGGCGAUCCACAGGCUGCUGCGGCGGGAUGUGCAGGGGUUGGUAUUGUGCUAAGUCACCGGGCGGAAGUAUCCUUACUUGACUGGAUACCUGUUGAUAGUCGCCUCUGUGAGGUUCAUCUGGCAACGUCUGUGAAGGAGUCUCACAAGCGGGAAGCUAAUCGGUGUAUCUUUGUCGUGUCUGCUUACUCCCCUGUUGUGUGUAAAUCUGACGCCGUCGUACGCAGUUUUUACGACACCCUGAAUGCCCUGUUGCGGCGAGGUGGCGAAGUGGAGAUACUUGGUGCAUGCGCUGCACCUGGUCCUAGCAAUGGAAUUUGCAAUCAAAUCGCUACGAUAUUCGAGAUAUCGCGAAACAUGUAUAUUCGUAAUGCACCACCCAUAAGGUUGCUGAAAAUUCGUCGACAGUCCACGACCGGUUUCGCCCCUCUUGGGGCUCAUCAGGCACCUGGACGUGUGAGAGUGUACGGAGAGCUCUCCAAAAACUUCCGUACACCAAGGGGUGUCCGUCAGGGAUGCCCACUCUCUCUACUCCUUGUCAACUUCGUGAUCGAUGAGAUAAUGAGACGAACGCUGGAAGGUCUUCGAAACGCCGGAGUUCAAAUAACCUGUGAGGAAAACCUUGUCUAUCUGAAGUACGCAGACGACAUCGUUCCGCAAGUAUUCUUGGAUGAACUGACCAAAGUCAUCCCGUCCUUUGGUAUGCAUUUUGCACCCACGAAGUGUAAGGUCAUGCUUGUGGACGUGCAGUCACUGAACGCGCCACUUAAAAUCCAGGGAGAGGUACUGGAAGUUGUGGAGCGUUUUACAUAUCUUGGAGGUCGUAUUGGUUCUGACUCUACUGUGACAGAUGAGGUCAAUGCACGAAUCUGCAAGGCCCGGGUCACGUUUGCUAAUUUGAGACCGUGGGCUGUUCUCUGUAUGGCUGCGGAACUGAAACGUCUUCAGUUUUUCGACAAUCGUUGUCUCAGAACCAUAGCUCGUGUUGGUUGUUGUCGGCAUGACCUCGCCGUGGAUGAGGAUCUCUUUGCACAAUCUGAUCUAGAAGAUUUGGAAAACGAAUUAGAGGACUUGGCCGUCGAACCUUGAUCAUCCUUGUUUUCAAAGUGGUCUUUCCUAUGUUUUGGUGUUGCUGAGAUUUGCUACCGCCAGAAUCGUCAAUUGUGGCAUGGCUCCAGGUCAUUAGACUCUUAUUCAGACACCUGAUGAAUUCUAUCACUUGGACAUUGUAUGUGUUUAACUGAGAAACCAAGAGCCUGCUGCAUCGUAU